AAAUAAUGUUAUUAAUUAUCACUGUAGUUCAGUUUAUGUCUCAUAACACCUUGUUUCUUUGAUGAACUGAUUUUAGUUUCUUGAACAUUAAGUGUCAGAUCAAAACAGAGUCACAAGAAGAUGGAAAGUUAGAAAGAGAUGCAAACACAAAGAAUCAAGAGAAGCAGCGUCAAUAACAAAUCCAUAUUAUUAUUAUCAUUAUUAUCAUUAUUAUUAUUAAUAAUGUACUAUUUCACACCGGGUCCCUACAUUGCACCUGCUCCAUGUGUCCAGCAGGUGUCAGUGUUGCCUCGUCUAGGCAGUCAAAUCUGUUUCCCAACAUGCAUUGCGUGCUAAGCAGCAGUUUAAAUCCAUGCCCCAUGUUCCUGUCAAAGACUGAAGGUUCUGAAGGUUCCUCUGAAGGUUCUGAAGGUUCUGAAGGUUCCUCUGAAGGUUCCUGUGUGAAACUUGUUCCAUAAUAACUCGAUAGUUUAAUUUUACUGAAUCACUCUUAGGUCAGGAAAUGAGGAAAACCGCUGAUUCUGAACGUUUCCUGUGUUUUCUAUUAAACUCUUGACUCUGAGGAAAUUAAUGAAGUGAUGUCACUGGUCAGUGACGUCAUCAGGUCAAUUCGGCUGUUUUAAAACACGUCCUUAAAACGAUCAAACUGGAAGUUUUACCAGUUCAGUCUCGUGACUUCCUUCACUGCUGUGGGGAUGAGAGGCUCUUGUUUUUAUGAUGUUUGUGUUUUGUGUCCAUGUUUGUUCAUCUUUGUCAUUUUUUAAGAAACAAGCUGGAACAAACUUUUCAAAUGAGGAACUUUAUGAUUUGUAUGAAAUUGAUGUCCUUGUAAACUGAAUGUGUUUGAGUUUAAAUCUCUAAGUUUCAACCUGUUAUUCUUGGUUUUAACAGAAAUAGAUUAACAGAUUUACAUUACAUCAGCAUUUUAACUUAAACCUUUGUGACGUCAUCUACCGUCAGCUGACUCUCGUUACUGUGAGUCACGAGACCGAGGAGCUGCAGUAUGGGAAGGAUCCUUAUUCAUGAAGCCGAUGUGAAACAGAUUUUAAACUGGUGUGAAACUGGUGUGAAACUGGUGUGAAACCAUUUUCCCAGUUUGAGGUUUGGAAAGUUUUUGUUUCUCCUCGCGAGCCUCCUCUGAGUCGCGUGACCUGUUGCCCUGGCGACGUUGCAUCAGCAUCCGCAGCUUCAGCUCCUGUCAAGGUCGCUGGCGAGAUGCAUCAUGGGAAGGCGAGGAGGACACCAUGAGCAGGGGGGAGAGAGGGAGGGAGAAGGGGGGGGGGCGUUGUCAUCCUCGCACGACCCUCAGGACCCCACUCCGCGCACGCGCACACGCUCUCAUCAGCUGAUCUGACCAACUAACCGAAAAAUGGCAGCGACCAUAAUAGGACAAGAGGCCGCGGUGAUGAUGACGAUGAUGACGACGAUGAAGAAGGCGAAGUCACGGAUUUCUGCACGCACACUCUGCGGGGCGGGGCCACGUCACGGCACCGCAGCAUCCCCGCGUCCCAUUGGUUGAUGGAGGAGGACAAAUAAAUAAUAAAAACAAGUGCGUGUGGUUACGUGCGCGUCUGCUCGUCGCACCGGAGGAGGGAGGAACCGCCGCAGCUCUCAGGCCUUUGUCCGCUGGUCCCGACCGGUUCGUGUGUCUGUGCUGAUCCGGGCUGUGCUGCACGGAUCCCGGGUGUUGUCCGUGAGUCGCACCGGAGGAACCAUCACGAGGCCGAAGACUUCUCCUCUUCCUCUGCCUCGCCUCAAUGUGCACUGUCACGUGCACGAGAGAGAACACUGCUGAUUGGGUUAAUUGAUCGGUGAGGAGAGAGAAACGCUCGCGCGCUGCCUGGUACCACGGACAGCGCCUGAACCGAGGGGUGCUUGUUUCCCUGCAGCUCUCAGCGCCGGCGGGCGGAUCCUCUCGGUGACCUGACCUCCACCUGAAGACUCCAGCUCCUGCUCGCUCGUCUUCUUCACCUGGUGAUCGUCCAGCUUGGCUUCAGAAGAUGGCGGGACCGGAAAACCAGGUGACAGGUUAUCUCCUGUUCUCCCUGACCACCGCCGUCAUCGGCUCCCUGCAGUUCGGUUACAACACGGGAGUCAUCAAUGCUCCCGAGGAGAAACUGCGAGCCUUCUUCAACAGCACCUGGGUGGAGCGCUAUGGCGAGCCCAUCUCCCCGGGCGUCUGCACCAUCGUGUGGAGCGUCUCCGUCGCCAUCUUUAGCGUGGGCGGUAUGGUGGGCUCCUUCAGCGUGGGCGUCAUGGCCAACCGGUUCGGCAGGCGUCGCUCCAUGUUCCUGGUGAACGUUCUGGCCGUGAUCGGCGGCCUCCUCAUGGGCUUCUCCACCAUCUGCUCCUCCUACGAGAUGGUGAUCGCCGGCCGUCUGGUCAUCGGCCUGUUCUGCGGCCUCUUCACCGGCCUGACGCCCAUGUACGUGGGCGAGGUGUCACCCACCCCCCUCAGAGGAGCGUUCGGGACCCUGCACCAGCUCGGGGUGGUGGUGGGCAUCCUGGUCGCUCAGAUCUUCGGGUUGGAGGGUCUGCUGGGCUCCGACAAGCUGUGGCCCCUGCUGCUGGCCCUCACCGUGGUCCCUGCCGUGGUGCAGUGCCUCCUGCUGCCCUUCUGUCCCGAGAGCCCCCGCUUCCUGCUCAUCAACCUCAACAAGGAGGAGGAGGCACGAAAAGCGCUGGUGCGUCUGCGCGGCAGUGAGGACGUGAGUAAAGAUCUGCAGGAGAUGAAGGAGGAGAGCGCCAAGAUGGCCAUGGAGAAGAAGGUGACCAUCCCCGAGCUCUUCCGCUCGCCGGCGUAUCGCCAGCCGCUCCUGGUCGCCGUCAUGCUGCAGCUCUCCCAGCAGCUGUCGGGAAUCAACGCGGUGUUCUACUACUCCACGGGGAUCUUCAGCUCGGCCGGCGUGAAGCAGCCCAUCUACGCCACCAUCGGUGCCGGCAUCGUCAACACCAUCUUUACCAUUGUGUCUCUCUUCCUGGUGGAGAAGGCCGGACGCCGGACGCUGCACCUCCUGGGGUUGGGGGGGAUGGCGGUGGCCGCGGUGCUCAUGACCAUCUCGCUGCUGCUGAAGGACAUCCCUGCCAUGAGCUACCUGGCCAUCCUGGCCGUCAUGAUGUUCGUGGCCAUGUUUGAAAUGGGCCCCGGUCCGAUUCCCUGGUUCAUCGUGGCCGAGCUGUUCUCCCAGGGGCCCCGCCCGGCGGCCAUGGCGGUGGCCGGCUGCUGCAACUGGACGGCCAACUUCCUGGUUGGAAUGAGCUUCCCCAAGCUAGUGGAGUUGUGCGGGCCGUGGGUCUUCCUCAUCUUCGCCACCUUCCUCGUCCUCUUCUUCAUCUUCACCUACAUCAAAGUCCCGGAGACGAAGGGCAAGACCUUCGAUGAGAUCGCCCAAAGCUUCGGCAGCCCCCCUCCCACCUCCUCGGGUGUCGAGGAGCCUCCUGCAGGAGCCAGCUCGGCCGUGGCGCUCCCCGCCUCCCCGCUGAAGGAGAAGGUUCCUCUGGUGGCGGCUCCGGCUCCGGCUCCGGCUCCGGCUCCGGCUCCGGCAUCGGAGACGACUCCUCUGGAGGAUAAAUCCAAGUCGACCGUGCAGGAGAGCGUGUAGAGCGGCUGCAGACUCACCUCUCACGGGCGAAGGAGGUUUUAAACGAAGGAAGUUUCAGAGAUUUAAAAAAAUGCUGUAAAUUGAAUUAACUAUUGGAAAAAAGAAAGAGAAGUUUUAUAUUAGAGCUGCUGUGGAGGGCUUUGCUUCUGCUGUCACAUGUUCACGACUCCUUCUUUAACGUCCUCCCUCCCUCCCCUCUGAGAGAGAAGUAGAUUCAAGCUCCUAUACAUUCCUUCACUGCAGCUACACUCAUUAACCAGACCAGGCUUCGUCAGCUGGGUCCAGGCUGAACGACCCACUUUCCCAACGCGCCGGCCCCGGCUGUCUGUGCUCGCUCCUCGGGAGUUCAAUUCCCCAGAGUAAUGAAGUCGAUGUUCUGACUUCAGAAUGUGGAAACAAGUAAACAAAAGUGUUGAGAGCGUUGAACAGCACGUUAACGCCGACCUGCAUAAUAACGAAGAGCAAAGAAAAAGAAAUUAGCUUUGAUAAAUCUAUUAAAACGUUAAUCACGUCUUUAUUGGAUCAAAAGAGACAAACGUAAAGUUUGCAAGGGACAAAAGUAAGAUUUGACAU